UGUCAGACCAUGUCUGACAGGAACAGCCCUGAGUAAUGUGUCCUUUUUUUAACAGAUAAAGCCAAGGCAGAUAAAACAACUAGCACUGAGUCGCAGGCGAUCUCAGUCGGGCACACUGUCACGUAUGUUGUAAUUGUUAAACUUGUUAGUUUUCUUCUGGACUAUUUUGCACGGUGUUUAGACACAUUAAAAUUACAUAUUUAGCAUAGCUGUAGAGAACGUGCUAUCUCUCGAGCUAGCUACUGUACUGCACUGCUGCUAAGGUGAAGUAGCUCACAGGCCUAGUAGCAAGCUGUAAAAAUGGAUUUGGAUGUCCCUGGAAUUGAAUGAACUGGCUUGCUGCAAAAUAUAGGUCGCUAGAUGUCCAUCAUUCCUCUGAAGGAACGUAUAUAGUCAAUCAAGCUCACGAUGGAGAGACCCCCGUUUAGGCAGAAUCAAGUAUGUGGAGCCUGGGAAAUGAAGGAGAGAUUAGGAACCGGAGGGUUUGGCCAUGUUUAUUUGUAUCAGCACAUGGAAACAUCAGAGAAAAUUGCAGUGAAAUUGUGCCGCCUGGAAUUGAACCAAAAGAACAAAGACAGAUGGAGCCGUGAAAUCCAGAUCAUGAAAAAAUUGAAUCACAUCAAUGUGGUGACCGCAAGGGACGUACCUGAGGAAAUGAAGCACAUUGCGUUGAAUGAUCUCCCACUCCUGGCCAUGGAGUACUGUUCAAAGGGUGACCUACGGAAGAUUUUGAGCAAGCCAGAAAAUUGCUGUGGACUGAAAGAAAGUGAAGUGCUGUCCUUGCUCAGUGAUGUUGGAUCAGGCAUCCAGUAUUUACAUGAAAACAAGAUUAUACACAGAGACCUGAAACCAGAAAACAUAGUGCUACAAGACAUGGAAGGAAAGUUAGUUCACAAAAUAAUAGAUCUGGGCUAUGCCAAAGACCUUGAUCAGGGGAGCCUCUGCACAUCCUUUGUGGGAACAUUACAAUACUUGGCCCCUGAACUGUUUGAGAACAAGCCUUACACAGUGACUGUAGACUACUGGAGCUUUGGCACAAUGAUCUUUGAAUGUAGCUGUGGGUUUCGUCCAUUUUUGCACAAUCUUCAGCCUGUGCAAUGGACAAACAAAGUGCGAAACAAAGGUCCAAAGGACAUCAUGGCUGUUGAAGAAAUGAAUGGCGAAGUGAGGUUUUCUACACACCUGCCCUACCCUAACAAUCUUAGCAGAACAUUGUUGGAGCCUCUGGAGAUUUUGCUUCAACUGAUGCUGAAAUGGGACCCCGUUCAGAGAGGUGGAGCGGUACACCCGGACACCAAGCAACCCCAGUGCUUUGCAGUUCUGGAGCAGAUAUUAAGCAUGAAGGUCGUGCACAUAUUGAACAUGACCACCGCCCAGAUACACUCCUUUCAACUGGCACCUGACGAGGGGCUCCACAGCCUUCAGCAGCGCAUUGAGGCAGAGACAAAAAUUGAACUUAUGAACCAAGAGCUGCUACAAGAGACCGGUGUUAUGCUGGACCCGAGAAAGCCUGCUGCCCAGUGUGUCCUGGAUGGAGUUAGAGGCUGGGACAGUUAUAUCGUCUACUUGUUUGACAAGAGCCUGACAAAGUAUUCAGGACCGUUCAGCGCCAGGCCACUUCCAGAUAACGUCAACUUCAUUGUUCGAGAAACCAAGACCCAGUUACCUCUGACGGCCCUGAAGAAAGUGUGGGGGGAAGCCGUGAGCUACAUCUGCGGGCUGAAGGAGGACUACAGCCGCCUCUUCCAGGGUCAAAGGGCAGCCAUGCUGAGUCUUCUUCGUUAUAAUACCAACCUAACCCGAUACAAGAACCAGAUGUUUGCUGCCUCCCAACAGUUAAAAGCCAAGCUCGAUUUCUUCAAGAGCAGUAUCCAGUAUGACUUGGAGAAGUACAGUGAUCAGAUGCACUAUGGGAUAUCUUCUGAAAAGAUGCUGAAAGCCUGGCAGGACAAUGAAGAGAAAGCUGCUGCAUUUGCGCAGGUGGCAGAGGUGGGCCACUUGGAUGAAGAGAUCAUGGCUCUCCACUCCGAGAUCGUUGAGUUGCAGAGGAGCCCCUAUGCGCGUCGCCAAGCGGAUGUCAUGGAGCAGCUUGAGGAAAAGGCAAUAGAGCUCUACAAACAGCUCAAGAUCAAAUGUAGAAUGCCUGAACCACAGCACGGUUAUAGUGACAGUUCUGAAAUGGUGAAGGCUAUCCUGCAGACUGUCCAGAACCAAGACAGAGUUCUGAGGGACCUCUAUGCACACCUAAGUAAAAUCCUCAUCAGCAAGCAGAAGAUAAUUGACCUGUUCCCUAGGAUUGACAGAGCCCAGGAAAGCAUCAAGGAAGCUGACAGCACAGUGGUGCAGAUGCAGUUAAAAAGACAGAGAGAGUUUUGGCAUUUGCUGAAAAUUGCCUGUGCUCAGAAUUCCACCCGGAACUCAAUGACUGUGAGUCCAGAAGUAUCAAACCCUCCACAGCUUGCAACCUGGACUCAGUCAGCACAACCAGUCAGUGCUCCAAAUCCUCUGAUGUCCUUACCUGGACCAAACGACAGUGACGCUGUGCCUCGCUUACUGGAAGAGAAUCAGAAGUACCUGAACCAGCUGACCAGUUUAAUACAACAAACCACUGAAAAGCAAUCAGAAAGUAUUGUGGAUCAAGAUUGGAGCUGGACUAAAUAUGAGUCUUUGUCUGUGAAAUUACAAAAUUUAUAGCUAGCUGGCCUACAUCGUUUUGGCCCAUUCAUCUGGUAACACUAAGAGAAUUUGCUGUAAAGCCUUGUUACCAACAUUUGCCGAAUGCUUUCAUACAGAAUAACCAAUACCUACCAACGUCUUGUUCUGUUGUUCUACAGUUUUUUCUGGUGACACACAGUCCCAUGCAGUUUGUUCAGUAUGUACAUAAUAAAUUGCAUCGUUCACAGUUACUUUACCAAGUUGAACUGUCAGUAAUGCAAUGUUACAUGUGGACUGACUCAUUUGCUGUUAUAGGUGUAUUUUGAUUCACUGAACUAUGAAGGACAAUAUGAAUACAUAUCCUGUGUAAUUGUUUCUGCCAUUUUCUUAUUCUAGUAAAAAGUUCUACUCUUUCCCUUUCAGAAAUCUUUAAAUAGUAGAUGUCAUCAUACAUACUGUGAGGCAAAUCCUUCGAUUAUGUAAAAAGUUACGUAAAGGAUAUUAACCAUCAACUGCACUUUACUGGCUCAAAUGAAUUCCUUCAUAAAUUUAAUGUAAAGCUUACCCAAGAAUUGAAGUCUGUGUCUUUCAGU